AAAGGAAGAGCUUCCAAGUCUUAGCGAAUAUGGUGGCAUCAUAUUUUCUCAUGCAAAACAGAAACCAAACCUCCCAACAUAGACACACAAACUAACAAACAAACUAUUCAUUAAUUUCUCAUUAUUACUCCAAACAUGGCAGAGGAAUCAGUAGAUGGUAUCAAUCCUCAGGAUCAGUUGGUUGAUGAAAUUCAGAGUCGGGAUAUUAAAAAUGAUAAACAUUCAUCGUCGUCGUCUUCAUCCUCUGAUUCCGAAACUGAUAGCCAUGCGAUCUUGCAUUCCGCUCGCAAGAAUCGUCUCUUCGGCCGCCAGAAACCUCUCCAUUUGGUUCUUGGUGGUGGAAAAUCUGCUGACAUUAUACUAUGGCGAAACAAGCAAUCAUCAGGCUGUGUAUUUGGUGCAGCCACAGUGAUCUGGCUGCUCUUUGAAUGUGCUGCUUACACUUUGCUUACUUUUCUAUGUCACUCUCUUAUUCUCUCUUUUUCACUUCUCUUCCUAUGGUCCAAUUUAGCCUCCUUUCUCAAUAUGUCCCCUCCGGAAUUUCCUAAGAUUACCGUGCCGGAGGAGCUGCUUGUAACUGUUCUUCUGUGGGUGAGAGGUGAAAUAAACAGGGCAUUUACAACAUUUAGAGAUGUAGCUUCAGGGAAGGAUCUGAAAAAAUUUCUGUUGGUUAUUUCUUUCUUGUGGAUCAUCUCUGUUGUUAGCAGUUGGUGCAACUUUCUCACCCUUUUUUAUCUAGUGUUUUUGAUGAUGCUGACAGUGCCAAUUAUGUAUGAGAAGAAUGAAGAUGAUGUUGAUACAUAUGCUGAAAAGGCAUGGAUGGAAAUGAGUAAGCAGUAUGCAGUUUUGGAUGAGAAGGUUAUUCAGAAGAUACCUGUAAUCAAUUCUCAUAGGGAUCAAAAGAAGCAUUAGAAACUGCAUAACAGUUUUUAGGUGCUUCUUUGCUGUUUUUUUCAACCAUUUGUAACUUGUUCAUGGAAGAUUUAAUUUGAUAACUAGCACAAUUUAUCA